AUGGCCGAACAAAUCAUCCCAGAGCACGAAAUCGUCACAAUACCCAGUGAUGAUCAGAAUCUUCGACAGCAGUGCUACGCCAUUCGCAUAGACGUCUUCCACCACGAACAGAAGUUCCCACUCGAAACUGAAAUUGAUGACAUGGAAGAUCGUUCGGCUCACAUACUGCUGAGGUUAACUCCCUCGCACACUCCAGUGGGAACGAUAAGAGCCUACAAGCCACCUGGAGCGGAUUACUAUAAACUCAGUCGCUUAGCCGUUCUCAAGCCUUAUCGUCAAUAUCGAUUCGGGCGAGAACUGGUUGAAGCCCUUCACGACUGGGUGAAACUUGAUGCUAUCAAGUCUGGAUACAAAGACUACGUUACAAUUGUAACCCAUUCUCAGAUACCCGUCAAGGGGUUCUACGCAAAAUUUGGAUACGUCGCAGAGGGUGAUGAGUUCGAUGAAGACGGCGAUCCUCACCAGAAGAUGGUCGUCCGUCUGCCGCUAAGUACCUAA